GUAACAUUUCAGUACCAGUAGUCACUAGCAGCGACAGCUGGUAUUCAAUAUUCAGAUGCUACACUCGUACCCGAAAACAGUUCACAUUUCCCUUUCUGGAAAUUGCCAUCUUGGCAUCAACUGAGCUGGCUCAGACCGUUCAGCGCUUCGGGGAUGGCACAAGCACCAGGCAGUCCUGAUGAGCCAGGACGUCAAAUGUCGCUCCCAGGGGAGAGUGGAGAAGGUGUUUCACCCGCGAUUCAAGCUCUUGAAACCUACAAGAAGAAGGAUCCUUCAAAAGUUGUUGUACGCUUCAAGGCUGUUGGGAACGCGCCGAUUAUGAAACAAAACUUUUACAAGAUUACCGCGGCGAACCGCUUCCAGGCUGUCAUACAGUUUUUGAGGAAGGAGUUGGGCUGGAAGGCUGGAGAUCCCCUAUUUACAUACAUCAAUCUCGCGUUCUCCCCAGCUCCCGAUGAUACAGUGUCCAACUUGUAUAAAUCGUUCGCAACGGACGGACAUCUUAUCGUGAACUACAGCACCACAGCUGCAUGGGGGUAAAUGUUGUUGCAUUUACGCUUGUUUACCAUCCAUCUCUACACCCCUCCGCUCACACCUCGUGUACGUAUACAUUGUCAUGAUAUCCAGUUCAUCUUUUUGUGUCACAGCCACUUCCAACUACGGCAAGCCUUCUUCACUUGUUAACUUAGCUACGUAUGUCUGCCGUGUACGCAUUUGUACCCUGCAUGCGGUACAUACAUACACCAACUAUCCCGCAUGUUCG